AUGCCGCCGCCGGCCCGUAAACGCAUUCGGAGCAACAGCUCUGAGGUCGGUACUUCGUCUCCAACUCGCAAGUCUCCUCCACCAGCGGACGACGAGGAAGCGUCGGCGUCGCACCUUGUCUCCUUCCUGACGGGCUACGCCGACCGUGAUCGCGGGUCAUCACCAAGCGGUUCAGAGCACUCGGACAGCGACGAGGGCGAGCACGAGAUUGAUGCUGAAUCCGAAGAUGACGAAGACGAGAACACACGCACCCCGGGCCGUCGUGGACUGGUAGGCACGCCCAGUCGCAACAAGCGCAAGCCCGCCGCAUCAGCAACUCCGACCCCUCGCAAACGCGGCGCGACUGCAACGCCGUCAAAGGACAAGGGCAAAGCCAAGGCCACAACAGCUACUGAGGUAGACGAGGGGUUUUUGAGGCAAACCCGUGCCGACACGUAUUUCCUCAACGCAUCGCGUGCGGCGCGCACAUCUGGGUUAUCGUAUGCGGCCCUCGCACGACCACUCAGCCAGGCAGAAUACGAAGCCGCAGCCAACGGCGCGCGUGGACCCGACCCUCGCGUCAAGCGCGCCAUGGAGGUUGCCGAGCAAAAGUUUCCUCAGUGGGCAGCCGAGCUCGAGGCGGGCUUCAACAUCCUCCUGUAUGGAUACGGCAGCAAACGUCGUACCGUCAACAACUUUGUCCGUUCCGAGCUGGCCACUCGCGGACACUGUGCGGUUGUCAAUGGCCAUUUCCCCGGCCUGGGCCUGCGCGACGUCCUGGCCGCGUUGGAAGACAACCUUGGGAUUCCCGACGCAGUAGCACCACCAGCCGCUGGUCCGCUCGAGCGCGCCGCGCACCGCGUCUAUGCCCACUUCUCCAAGGACGAGGACACGCACCCGCUCUUCCUCGUCCUGCACAACAUUGACGCUCCGGCCCUCCGCACACCCCGUGCCCUCUCCGCUCUCGCCCUCCUGGCCUCGAGUCCCAACAUCCACCUCAUCGGCACCUUUGACCACGUGCACACCCCGCUCCUCUUCUCUGCUGCCGUGUCCAACGCUCCACCGCACAAGUUUGGCGCACGGGGCGAAGACGGCUUCCCGCCCCAGCUUCGCGGCUUCAACUGGGUCUACCACUCUGUCCCCACGUUUGACGACUAUGACGUCGAGCUAGCGUACGCCCGUCUGUCGGCCGCGUCUCUCGGCGCGCUGGGCCAGAGCGGCGCCGCGGGCGUGAGCGAAGAGGGCGCGCUCCAGAUCCUCCGCUCGGUCCCGCCGAUGGCGGCGCGUCUCCUCAAGCUCGUCCUCACGAGGCAGGUUGCCGCUUUACCCCCCGACACGACGAGUCACGCCGCAUACCCGCCAGCACAGACUGCGCCGGCGUUCGCAAUGGAUGUGGACCUGCUGCAAAAGACUGCCAGGGACAAGUUUAUCGCUCGCGAAGAGGACAGGUUCAACGCCCUCAUGGGCGAGUUCCGCGACCACGGCCUCGUGGUCGUCGCCGAGGUUGACGCAGAGGGCAGGACGGGACGGUGGGCAUGGGUGCCGUUGGGCAAGGCUGCGAUUGAGCGUAUCCUUGAGGAGAUGAAGGACGUGGAGGGUUAG